AUGCGACUAGAAGCGUUCAGCGACGCCGACUUUGCCGCCGACAAGACGGAGCGGAAGUCAAUGACGGGCGGCAUCGUGAUGCUGAACGGGAUGGCCGCCAGCUGGGGUGCGCGGAAGCAGGGAGACGUCUCCCUGUCGACGAUGGAGGCGGAAUUUGUCGCGGCGAGUGAAGUCGCGCGCGAGCUGCUCGGCCUGCGCGAGAUGUUGUGUGAAGUUGGCGUAGAGCCCGCGCUUUCGAUGCAGUUGCGGGUGGAAAACCAAGCGGCGAUCGCGCAGAUCGCGGGAGAGGCAUCGUCGCUGAAGGCAAAACAUGUGGAUGUGCGCCUUAAGUUCCUUUGCGACUACUCGCGUCGCGGCAUCAUCACGGCGAGCUAA